AUGAUCAAGUGUUUGAUUCUUUUGAUAAUAUGUGCAGUUUAUGUACGUGCCACCACAUUACCUAUGGAGGUUGGCCAUGAUAAUGUGAAAGCCAUAAAGAUACAAGGAAAUAAGUUUGUGACUUCGGAAGGAUACCAAUUCUAUAUAAAAGGAAUCGCAUACCAAAGGAACAGAGAAGAACAUGAUUCAUUUGUGAACGACGGUUUUGGAUAUAUUGAUCCUUUGGCAAACAAAACUACGUGCUUAAGGGACUUGAAAUAUUUGCAGCAGUUGAACGUCAAUGUAGUAAGAGUUUAUCAAAUUGACCCAUCAAAAAAUCAUGAUAUUUGUAUGGAUGCAUUUGCAUCCAAAGGGAUUUAUGUUUUGUUGGAUUUGGCUGAGCCUGAAACUUCCAUAAAUAGAAACAAUCCAACAUGGAAUAUCGAUGUGUUUGAUAGGUACAAGUAUGUCAUAGAUUCUAUGCACAAGUACAAUAAUGUUCUUGGUUUCUUUGCUGGAAAUGAAGUUUCUAAUUCUUUGGUCAACAUUGAUGCUUCGCCAUUUGUGAAAGCUGCCAUCAGGGAUUCCAAAAGUUACAUGAAAAGUAAAGGGUAUAGAAACAUUCCUGUAGGUUAUGCUUCUAAUGACGAUUCUGACAUUAGAAAUAAUGUGGCCGAUUACUUUAGUUGUGGUGACUCCAGCGAAAGAGCAGAUUUCUUUGGUUUAAACAUGUAUGAAUGGUGUGGCUACUCAAGUUAUUCAACUUCUGGAUACAGAGAUAGGACUUUCGAAUUCGGAAAAUCUACCAUUCCAGUAUUUUUCAGUGAGUUCGGUUGUAAUACUAUGACCCCGAGACCUUUUACUGAAGUUGAAGCCUUAUACGGGUUAACUAUGUCCAAAGUGUGGUCCGGAGGUAUUGCAUAUGAAUAUUUCCAACACGGUAACAAAUAUGGGGUUGUAAAGGAAACUAAAAAUGGGUCAAUCGUACCUUUAGACGAUUUCAAUAUUUUAAGUUCAAGGUACAAUUUGAACACACCUAAACAGACCUCAAUCGUCAUGGCUGAAACAAAUGAAACUAACCUCCAACAAUGCCCUCAGAGUUCUGACUGGAAAGCCAGUGAAAAAUUACCUCCCACUCCUGAUAGAGGAAAAUGUGAAUGUUUACAAUCUUCAUUAUCAUGUAUUUUAACUCCAUUUAAAGAGGUACGUGAAGAAGAUCUUUUGAAUGAAGUCUGUUCAAAAAUUGAUUGCAAGGAAAUAGCAGCAGAUGGGAUCCAUGGGCAGUAUGGUAAAUUUUCCGACUGCAGUUUGAACCAGAAAGUGUCAUUCGCCUUAGACAAGUAUUAUUCUUUACACAAUAAGACAGGAGAUGCCUGUAAUUUCAAUGAAAGGGCAGUCUUGAUCACCAACAACGAUAGAUCAGACUUAAGAAGUAUCUUUCUUAGAGAUGGACGAACAUGUGAAGAUGCGUUAAAAGACGCUGAAUCUCAUGAUAAAGAAGUUCAAAAUUCUGGUCAACAAAAGGUAUCACCUACAUUUGAUGGAUAUGCAUCUUUUGAAUCUCAAAAUAAAACCGAAAUUGCAAAAUCCUUAGCCGCUUCUUACAAGAACACCAUUUCUUCAUUGUUUGGAUUAGGCUUAUUAGCAAUAUUAAAAUAUUUAUUUUAA